UAUAAGUUAGCUCGGUCGCACGAGACUCAGUCAGUCGGUGUUGGAUACUCAACAUCAGCCGGAACACACUUGCACAGACUGAUGUCGGCCAAGACGAUUUCGCAGCCGCAGAGGCGGACCAUCCUGGAUCCUUCGGACAAGUAUCGUCCGGAGCCAGUGCACUCUGGGAAAUUGGAGAGCGAGUUCAGGAACUUCUCGGAGGACACGGCGGAUCCGAUCAAGGAACGCGUUCGGAACACCUACCAGAAAAUGCACACGCAUCAGACGGUCGAGUUCGUGAAAAUCCGCAUGAGCGAUUGGCUGCGCUUCAAUAAAUUCAAGAUGACCGUGAAGGACGCCCUGAUCAAGCUGAACAACCUGGUGGACGAGAGCGACCCGGAUACCAACUUGCCGAACAUCGUGCACGCGUUCCAAACCGCGGAGUCCAUCAGGAAAGAGCAUCCGGACUUGGAUUGGUUCCAUCUGACCGGCUUGAUUCACGAUUUGGGCAAGGUAAUGGCGUUUUACGACGAGCCCCAAUGGGCCGUGGUGGGCGACACGUUUCCAGUCGGAUGCGCCUGGGCUAACUCGAUCGUCUACAGAGACACUACCUUCGAGGACAACCCGGACGGCAAGGACUCGCGAUACAACACCAAAUACGGCAUGUACACGCCUCAGUGCGGAAUAGACAAGCUGACGAUGUCCUGGGGCCACGACGAGUAUCUGUACCGGGUCCUGGUGCACAACAAGACCAAGCUACCGGAGGAAGCGCUGUCCAUGAUCCGCUACCAUUCGUUCUACCCGUGGCACACGGGCGGCGACUACAUGCACUUCUGCACCAGCAAGGACAUGAAGUUGCUCGAGUGGAUCAACAAGUUCAACAAAUACGACCUGUACACGAAGAGCGACGACGUUCCCGAUAUAGAGAAGUUGUGGCCGUACUACGAGAAGCUGAUCGACAAGUACAUCCCCGGCGAGCUAGAAUGGUGAAUCCUUUUCUCGGGGCAGCGAGGAACAAUCGACUAACGUGUCGAUCGGUCAACGUCAACCAGCGGCUUCAGCGUCAACAGACACGUGGCAAACAAGAGGAUUUCGUUUUUAUAAAUUAGCAUAGGCCACUGUCUUUAGGUCAGGCAUGUCCAAAUCGGAGCCCAUGGCUCACCACAGGCAUAGAUACGUUGGGAUGCUUAGUCAGAUCCUUUGUACAAAUUCAUUAUCUCGUAUUUUUGAUCGCCGUGGCUCUCCGUGGGCGCCCGAUGCGGGUCUUUUCGCGAGCAGCGACGCCGGGAAUGUUGCCUUCUAUAGGGGUCGAAGGGGGUCGAUGGAAAUCGGUUGUUAAUUUAUGAACAAAGCUAAGAUGUAGCAACCCUAAACGGUUGCUACAGCGGUUCCUUAAGAUUCGAUCUUACCUCGAAUUACAUUAUUUAAUUCAACCGAGUAAAACGUGUUACUAAAUUCGCCUCGUUCCUCCAGUUCCGCUCUCUUUUCCCUCCGUACGGCAUCGUUGCUCGCAAAGGGUCUCUCUAGAGUUUAGAAGUUGGCCAGGUUUGGUCGAUUCCCGCUCGAGUUUUCCGAUAUUUUCAAUAUUCUCUGAAGCAGCAAUAUCUACGAAUCGGGCUGUGUAGGGAGCCGAGUGUUUCUCUCGCUCCGCGCCGUUCUGCACGUCAACUUCCAAGCUCCGCGCUCGAUUUGGACAUGCCUGCGGCUUCUGCGAUCGUUCGAAAGCUCAUGAAAUUACCCUGGUAAUCGCGGAACGCGGCCGAGCCUAAUCGGCGGUCGCGUGACCCAGCGAAUUUCCCAGAUGGACUCUGAGUAACGGGGAAGAAUUUGACUCAGCCGUCGAUCGAUGGUCACACGCGACACCAGGGUGACUCUCUCGUAUCGGCGAACUGAUUGUUACGUUUCUCGUCGCGACAUUAACACCGAAGAAUCGAGAGAUGAGUCAGCGACAAGGUCGAGCUACUUAUUGAAUAAAAUUUUGGCACUUUGC